AUGAGUGAAAAAGAAGAGAGAAUGUUUGGUCAUGAUGCUGAGAAAAUCCAAGAGCUUCAGUUAUUCACGACACCACCGUUACGACUCCAAACAUUGAAUACUAAUACCACCACAAACAACAACGACCAUGAACCACCCUCCACUGUUGUGCGCCGUCCCCGAGGGCGUCCACUUGGCUCCAAGAAUAAGCCUAAGGCACCUAUCAUAGUAACAUCUGAAAGCCCUAAUGCACUAUGUUCUCAUGUGCUUGAGAUCGCUAAUGGAGUUGAUGUGUCAAAAAGUAUAUUUGAUUACGCUCGUCGUCAACGAAGGGGGGUCUCCAUCCUCAAUGGAAAUGGAGUGGUGACGCGUGCCAGGCUUCGUCAACCCACGGGAAAAGUCAUAACCCUUCAAGGGAAGUUUGAUAUUCUUUCGAUAUAUGGGACAAUUUUCCCGCCACCAACACCUACGUUUGUUGGAGGAUUAAGAGUUCACUUAUCAGGAACGAAAGGACAUGUCAUUGAGGGUAGUGUGAUUCCUCCAUUGGUGGCUUCAGGUCCGGUGACUUUAACAACUGCUUCCUUUGCAAACAUUGCUCUUGAAAAGAUUUCUUCUGUGUCGAAUGACUAGAAAGAGCAUCAAUUUCGUACCUUUAUUUAAAUUAAUAAUUUUGUGGUUGGAAUAAAAAAAUUGUUUUAUGCUUA